AUGUGUCUUAAAAAUGAUAACAAGACGGUAAUAUUUUGCCAUGGUCAAGAUUUAUAUCGCGCGGCAGGUCUUGAACUUGAUCCUGUGUUUACAGACAUUAAAAAUUUCAUGGACCAAAAUCCUCAUGAAAUAAUAACUCUAGAGUUUGGACAUGUUAAUGAUUUGAGUACAACAUAUAAUAUAAUUGCACACUCAAUUCAAUCACGCCUAGAAAAAUAUUUUACGAAUUCCACAACAGGUCAUUCUCAGAUGUUAAUACUCCCUUCUGCGAGUUCAAAAAAUGAAAGUGAAUGGCCAACUUUACGCCAAAUGAUUGAAACUGAUCAAAGAAUUGUAAUCUGGUUCGUAGAGUUAUAUGAUGCUUUAGGGAACGAUAGGAAGCCUUGGAUUAAUCAAAUAGAUCCUUAUUAUGUACCAUCGUUUUCAUACACAAAAGAUGCUUUUACUGCACAACAAUUAAAUGCAAGUUUUAUUCAACACUGUAAUAAUUCCACUGCAUUGCAAGCUGAUGAUCUGAAAGUUUAUGGAUACACUAGAUGGCAAACUAUUGAUAAUACGUAA